AUGGCCGACUCUCAGGCGUCCACCCUGCUGAGCGACAUUUUGUACGAUGACCCAUCACAACUCUCGCAGGCGCUCAGACAGCGCGCAGGCAGCGAGCAGGACCUCCACUUCACCACCUCCACUGAGAGUCAUGGUUCCCUUGUUUCUGCGCCUGCCUCUACCUUCACUGUGCCGCCUCACCCUCUACUCGGCGCCGUUCCGCAGCUGCGUCCAGCCGCGCCCGAACACGCACCUUCCCCACGGCGCGUCUCUGCGAACACCCCCACGCAGGCGCACCAUGUCAAGCCUGGCCUCACAAAACACAACAGCGCACCCAUGAACACGGCACCAAUGACGGACGCGGUCAUUGCGCCAAAGAUGCACCACAGCUUCGCCGGCAUGGACGCCCCAGGCGAUACACAGCCAGACAGCCAGAUGCACAGAGAAUGGACGAGCGGCAUCUUUGGCACUGCAGAAACCACCACACGCAUGCCGACUCCUCGACCAGGAACCAAAUCGCUGUUCACCGAACACGACGAUGAGGACGAUGCGGAGCCCCUCACCGACGACAUCGAAGUCGUUGUAUCCUCCCAGUUCCAGCAAGAUGCUACCAUCACAAGCCCAACAGCCCUCGAAGACGAUCGCGGUCCAUAUGUACGAACGGAGCAGGCAUUCACCAGUCCAUUGAAGUUCGAGACACCGGCAGUGGCGGGCAGGAAGCGCAACAGCUCAGGGCAAAUACUCAGCUCGACCGCAGGAGUGGAGACUACACCAGACACUAUUGCUUCGGCCUCUGCUUUCGGCGGCGCAUUUGGCAGAUCGGGCAUAGGACAACCACUGUCUUUGACGCAGGCUUUCGAUCUAACUCAAGCGCGCACGUCGCCUGCGGUAGCUGGCGCUGAAGAUCCCAUCUUCCAGCGACCGUCCCCGAAUUUCAACAAUGUCCGCCACUCGAGUCCUGUUCCAGCACUCUCAAGUCCUAUCAAGGUCCUGCGAAAUGAGCGGUCAGACCCAAUCAUACGAUCCUCGAGUGAACCGCGAUCUGAGUAUGUGACAAUGAAGGAGUCGCAGGAGAGGCGCAAGCAUACAAAGGGGGCCCAACGUGCACCUCUCAUUCAGGAAGAUAGCUGGGAGGAGCUCACGGCAGUCCAGAAGCGCAUGCAGCGCCAAAGGCUGAGGGAGCAGACCCAUCGCGAAGCUGGUCUGUCACUGUCAAGCAUCUCAGCGCCAACGGUCGUGAAGUCGCACGGCGCUCGCAAGCGUAAGGGAGAUGUUCAGCACUCGCCGAAAGCUCGGCACGAAGCAUCACGACACAUGUGGCACGAUGGCGUGCAAGAAGACGAGGACGUGGCGAUGAACGAUCCUUCACAGCAUCUCGCAGCAGAAGGAGACGAGGCUGACCAAUCGCCUGAUGAACUCUCACAGGAUGUCGCUGUCGCUGCACAGGCCCCGAUGAGAUACAACGGCUUGGAGAAUGGUGUGCAAGUGCCGAAGACCUCCUCACAUCCACAACGCACGCAGCCAGAUCACACGCCAGGCAACGGUUCUCAGCGCGGUAGCCCCUCGUCGCAGCCGCAACGCGAGUCCCAGAUACAAGCACCGGCUUCGCGGUCCAUUCUCCGAACCGCACCGCAUAGUAGCAGAGGCUCUGUCGCUGUCAUGGAUUCUCAGCCUGAUGUAACUGCAAAUCACGAAAGUUGGCCGCGGCCGGAUACACGUUUCCCUUCAUCGCCGUCAGUCAACCAGUACAGCAUCAAUCAGACUACUGUUGCGUCCAAGACCGGAUAUACGAGCCAGAUGAUAUCCUCGUCCAUGAUACAAAUGCCACCGCAGAUGAGUCAGGAAGAAGAGGCGCCCGAAGAAGAGGAGCGAGUGCCCAGCAGCCCGCCAAUGUUGACUGAUGAGAUCACAUACGAUGAACACGGCUACGACGAGCAUCCGGAAGAAGAUGAGGAUCGCGAUAUCAGCGAAGCGGCGGCUGGCGAUGACGACAUUCAGAUGGAGGAAGAAGAGGAUCUACCUAUCGCAGAGCCAGAUCUAGUCGGUAACGGGGAAGGCGCAGCAGCUGAACCUGAUCAGGGUGAUGUAGACGCAGACUCUGAAUCAGGAAUGAUUCAACCUAUGAAGUUGGACGAUGGAACAGAUCAAGAGAUCCCCGAAACUCUGGAGGAAGAUAAGCAAGUCGACCCUGCUCAGAAUCAAUCGCCACAACCUUUGAAAGAGCUCAGGGCUGAGAAGUCUGCAGAGCCAGCGAAACCUACACCAAGCUUGCAACGCCGGAGCACGAUCCCGGACACAGACACUUUGGACGAGACACAACCCUCUUAUUUUACGGAGGACGCUCUGCCUGUUCAGAUCGUCCAGAACGAGACGGAGGUCCAAGAAGAUACUAACGGCACCGAAGCUUUCCAGACUGCGCAAGAGCAGCAAGCAGCUUCGCAAUCGCAAAGGCCCGCUCCAACCAGCUCAAAAGAUGAAGGUAGCGAUCCAGUCUACAGUGUGAGCCGCAUUCGUUCCUUGAACGACAUUGCGAAUUUACCGGACACUCAGCGAUCGGCAGCGGAGGAAGAGAUAGAGAUACCAUGUCUCAGCGGCUUUGAUAACGCCGAUGGCGAUACGCACAUGAGCAGCUCUGUACCCGCAACGCCCGCAGCCAAGAAGCGGAGGACUGCACUUGCAGCGAAAAGUAGUGUCUUUCGCAGCCCUGUCAAGGAAAUCGCGAAUGUGGAGCCUAUCCAAAGGCAGAUUCCACCAUCACCUCUCAAGCAGAUACAACAGAUGCGCGAGGAGACACCUCCAUCGGCAUCAGCCCAAAGGCGCGAGAAACAAGGCGCGCUUGCUGCAGCACAGGCCAGGGAAGACGUUCAGACAGCAGCAUACGGUAGACCUGCGACAUUGAAGUCGAAAGGAUCGUCUCGACCUGCAAGACCUCAAAACAGCAAGAAAGGAUCAUUGAAGUCUGCUAGAGCUGUUAUCGCCACCAUGUCUUCACCCGUCAACUCACCAUCCAAGCCCAAAGCGUCGACCACCACAGAGAAGCCUAUGCCAGCAACACCCACCCGAAAAGCUACGAAAUCAGUCGACCAAUCUGCUGAUGUCGAGAUGCGCGAUGCUGGUGACAGUAUGGAUGAACUUGCCAGUUGGCCGCCACCUUCUGCAACGCGACUUCUCGUUCGCUUGACACCAAGGAAAGCUGAUAUCCAAGUGGGUGAGGUAGUCGUACCGAACCGAGUAUUUGCAUCGUGGCCGGGCAGUCACUAUUACCCGGCCACCUGUGUCGGUCGCCCAGAUUCGAAACAUCUUCAGGUCCGCUUUGACGAUGGUAAUAUAACCUCUCUGGAUGCCUUCCAGGUACGAUCGCUCGACCUCCGGUCGGGUGACCAAGUCAAAGUUGAUGAGCCCGGCAUGAAGAAGCACACAUACGUAGUUGUUGGUCUAACCGACAAGUGCGAUAACCUGCACAACUAUGAGUUUCCGAUGACCGACCGCUAUGGGCACAUCUCCGUCAUACUGGAGGAAAAGCAGCGAGAUAGCCUUCCAGCAGGAAAGGUUGUGCCUCAACCGAAGCAGGUCACUGUGCAUAUCGCGAGCGUUUAUGUCACUACACAACUAUGGAGUCGACUGCGUGAUCGCACCUUCCAGCGUUCGCCGCCAUCGUCACCGAGCAAACCUGCCUCUCAGCUGGGCACACCGGUGCCCACUGAGGCGUGUACCACACUUUCAUUCACUCGCAGAGGACUCGCAGCGCCCUCACUGCUGAAGGACGCAACAAACCGUGCUGGAUCAGUUGCUUCAUCGAGUCGGUCUGGUAGCGGCACUUUCUCGAACAUGGCUUUCGUCCUGACAUCCACCGGCGACGGUAUGGACAAGGACGCUGUUGCACGAGCUAUUAAAACGAACGGUGGGCACAUCCUAGAGCAAGGCUUCCACGAGCUCUUCAACACCGAGUCAAUUGAGCUGUCAGCUUCUCAAAGCCGCCGGACCUCCGUCCCUGCUAUCGAAGGGGCAGGCAUACUGACCCUGAAGGAGGAUUCGAAGAAGCUUGGCUUCGUAGCCCUGAUCACAGACUCGCACUCCCGCAGCACGAAGUACCUCCAAGCGCUCGCUCUCAACGUGCCCUGUCUUCAUCUCCGCUGGGUCAAAGACUCAUUGUCUGCUUCUCACGCACUCAGCUUUGCACGCUACCUGCUUCCUGCUGGUCUAUCAAAGUACCUCGAUCCGAACGGCAUCGUGCGCUCACGAGCUAUGCGCAUCUACGACCCUUCAAGCGAUGAUGUCUCGUUGGAGAAGACAUUCCAAGACCGCGAUUUGCUGCUUCAAAGCCAGUCCGUACUUCUCGUCACUGGCAAAAGCAAGAAGGAAAUCGAGAAACGCCAACCGUUUGUAUUUCUCACACACGCUCUCGGCGCAUCAAAUGUAGGGCGCUGCGCAGAUCUGGGUGCCGCGGCGCAACUCCUCGCGCAAGGGCAGUGGGACUGGGUCUACGUCGACAAUGACCAGAGCAGUGUCGCUGAUGCGGCUGCUGAACUGUUCGGCACCGGUGCGCCUGCUAAGAACGCGAAGGGAAGUUUCAAGAAGGGCAAGAAGAGAAAGAGAGAUGAUGGCGAAGGAGCAGAUGACCUCGUCGCCAAGGGCGAGAUCUCUGGACGCAAAAUCAGGGUCACAUCUGCCGAGUUCGUCAUCCAGAGUCUUAUUCUGGGAGCACUGGUUGACGAGUGAGAGCACUUUCACGACCGCCAGCCCACAAUUUGACGCAACAUAUAUCCCUCUGUAUAAACGGUGUACAAACGAGGGAACACAUGUUUCCUGCUUUCCGGCAAAUACUGCACUUCCAUAUGUCUAUCAUGUUGCAUCACGGGUAUAGCGAGGCGUACAGGCGUACCAGCAAUGAGCAUCUGCGCUUCAGAAGAGGAAGAAUCACG